AAAUAGGUCAAGUCUGUCUUAAGAAGAUGUUUUUAUUUUUAUGUAGUUUUUCCUUCUUUUGAAGAUAUUAUAUCCAAAACAAUGGCCAGUAAUUUUGACUUCCCGAAUUCUUCUUUCGAGCAGAAAGCAUCUGGCGACGACAGAAGAGAGGAAAGUGUACAGGAGCUGACAAGGGAACAGAGGCACUUGCUGUUACAAGUUUUCCCUGAACUGAGCAGUGUCAAAUCUGAUGAUCCAAGGAAAGAUGUUGGUUUCCCGGCCUUGUCUUCAUUUUUGGACUCAGUGCUUGACAAACAAUCAGAAGAACACAAAUCACCAGAACGCGUGGGGUUCCUGGGCCCCCAAGACAUCCUGUUUGACAUCACUGCCAAUGUGGGCACUCUGCUUGUUGAGGCUGACAGGCUGGGGGUUGCUAGCCAUAGUAAUUUCUGCACUAUUAGGGCUAACGGUUGUGUGUUCAAAGGAAAGUGGAUUUAUGAAGUCAUGCUUGGUUCAAAGGGGGUCAUGCAACUUGGAUGGUCUACAAUCAAUUGUACUUUCUCUCAAGAGGAAGGUGUGGGUGACACAGCAAAUUCCUAUGCAUAUGAUGGCAACAGGCUGAGGAAAUGGAAUGUGAAGACACAAAGAUAUGGUCAAGGCUGGUUGACAGGAGACAUAAUCAGUUGUGGUAUAGACUGUGAUGAGGGCACUGUCACAUUUUUCAGAAAUGGCCAGUCAAUGGGAACAGCAUUCAGCAACAUACGUCUGGGCAGAGAAAUGGCUUACUUCCCCUCAGUCAGUCUCUCAUUUGGAGAAAACAUUCGUGUGAAUUUUGGUGCUACACCUCUUAAGUAUCCCAUUGAAGGCUACCGGGCACUUCAGGCACCCCCUACAGUUAAUGUUACUAAGGCGUGGACUCUUCUGUCUUGGGUUGAUAGACUUUUGCCAUUGAUUGAGAAAGAGAACCAGCAACCCAGUGUGGCACUGGUUCCAGAGGCUCUCCCAUUGAAAUCUGAGGGCAGAAGCAGAAAGGCCACCCUGCUAUUGGUAAUGGGGCACGUGUUUGAAAAGCUGGUCCCUUUACUGACCAAAGCUUAUGUUGUUGAGGAGUGCUUGCUAAAGUAUUUAUUGCGUAACUGCCACCCUGAUGAUGUUAAGACUGACAACAACAGAGUUAUACAGAUGCUAAAUAUGCUGUGGAUGUACGCACAGGAGUUUGAGUUGAAGCCAUGUCUUGAAUACCUGGCAAUUGGUUUGCUGGCAGGUUACAGGUUCUCUCCCAUCACUACAGACUUUACAGAACAGAGAAAAUAUUUAACCCUGCUCCUGGUUAUUUUACGGCAUGCUGACAUCAGGAAACACUUACUCAAGUUUGUUUUAUUUGAUAAAAUCAAGUUCCCAAUCUUCAUGCACGUCAAGCCAGCAGACGACACCAGUCUUCUAGAGCUUAUUCCUGAGGUGUGGUGGGCAGAGGUCAAGGAGGAUGACAAUAAUGAAGAAGAUGAGGACCUUCCAGCUGAGCCUGUCAUUGCACCAAAACAGAAGCAGUAUCUGGAUGCUUGUGAGGCUCUGAGAAAGAGAGUAAAAGAAUUAGAAGACAUUCAAGUGGAGAUUCUAAGUUGUCUUAUGAUAGAUAAUGAUGGCAAAAGGGGUGCACCCAACACAAGGUUUAUAUUUCUGCAGAAGUUUAAGGAGUUUCUUAAGGAAAACAUGACAUCAGGGAGAGUACAUCCUGUCCAGCAGUGCCCCCUACCAGUGAUAUUGUGCUUAUUUCACAGAAUGAUCCGUCUGCUUAGAUCAUUAUGGGAUGAUCAUGCGACCCGUGCUGCUUCACGGGGUCUGGUCAGCAGUGACAAGGCUCAUGUAGCAGAAUGGUGUUUUGCUGAUGACAGUGUGACAUUUGUGGACAUCCAGAGAUUUGGAGGAGUAAUGAGCCAUCUGAAGAAAGAACACAAAGAACUUUUGCAGAAAUGCAGUGAGCACAGAUCCAGAUCUGAUCUACAACUCCCCCCUACCUCCCUCCUAGAGCUGUUAGAUGGGACAAUCAUGUUAUUUGACAUAGGGGCAUACAAACAGCUGGGCAAAAUGGCCACCCUCCAUGACACAAUGAAGGAGUAUGUCCUGGCACUACAGGACACGCAGAGUAAAAUUGACCGCGCUGCACCAGAGAUGACAGAAGUGUUAGCAGAGGUCAACCAUGCCAAGUCCGUAUUCCUAGAAAAGUCUGCAGAACAAGCUAGGCAGAGAGCUUGGCUCAUAGCAGUUGUCUACUCCAAGGAGAAGCAGCUGGAUGUACAGUGGAUAAUGGAGACUGCGAUGCGUACCAUUGAGAAUGCCACGGUCUUUUUUCCCUUCAUACCAGAGUACUACAUUGAAGUCUGCAUCAAUGCCUACAAUGCUUUGAAGCACUACUUCAAUCCCAUCCAGCCCUUCAGGGCUCUGGAGCACCUGGAUAGGAUUAAUGAAGAAUUUGCAAGGUUCUUGGCAAAACAUUUUGCUAACAACCAAAUUGUGAAUACAGGGCAAUGGGUUUGCCUUCAGAUACAUUCACCUGCCCCAUCUUAUUCCUGCCAAGUCUCAGGCACAGGACAUUGCCAAUGCCAGUCUGCAGAAGCCACAUCCCUCCCUAAAACUCCAGGACUUAUUGGGUAAAGAAUUGCUGUCUAAUGAGGAGGCUGGCUGCAGGUUUAUAGACAGUGUUCUUAACCAGCUGAACUGGGCUUUUUCUGAGUUCAUUGGAAUGCUACAGGAGCUUCAGACCAUAGCGGCCAGACCAGAGCGUAACAUUGUGGACCCCAGGCAGUUGAAGAUCUGUGCCACUUGUUUUGACAUCAGUGUGGGUCUGCUGAGAGUUCUGGAAAUGGUGGUUGCCAAAGUGCCUCAGCUUUUCUUAGACAAGUCCAAAGUGGCUUCUGAAAGUCUUUUGACACGCCUGCUACAGCUUCUGUGUCAAGUAAUGAAUAGAGUGACUGCAAAAGGGAACCUGUUUGAGAAUAUUGUCUCUGCAGGGAUGCCAGGUUUAGAGAGUGUUGAUCACUUUCCUGUCCUGGCAGCUGUCUGUGGUGUCUUGGUACAACUAUUGGGUGCCAGGGUCCCUCCAGAUAGGCGAGAAGCCGCCACCAGUGCCUUACUUAACGAGCCUGGCUUCCAGAUGUCCUCUGUGGAGUUUCUGCUGGGAGGCACCCCAGGUCAGGCCACAGUGUCUGCCAGUGACAAGAGGAACUUCUCUCUCAGGAAAUAUCAAGAAGUCAGUUCAGAGGAGAUAAAGGAGGUGGAAGAGAUGAUAUCGCAUUUAAAGAAAUGUCAAAUCUCCAGGGAGAGAAAAUCAUCGUUCUCUGAAGGAGAGGAGUGUACCAUCUGUUAUGCCCACUCUGCCAACUGUGUGUUCCAACCAUGUAAACAUGUAUCAUGCAGGAGUUGUAUAUCCCAACACCUAAUGAGCCAUAAAGAAUGCUUUUUCUGCAAGUCCACCAUUACCAAAGUGCUGGACAACAAUGGUAAAGUUGUGCCCAUCAAGUCAGGGAAGUCAUAACAACAGGAAGAAGUUGCCUGGCAACCAGGGGAAGUGGCAACUAAAACCAGUUACCAAGCAACCAAAAGGGGUGGCCAAGCAACCAAAUCAGUUUAAUUGUUUGGGAAGUUACUGAGCCAUAAAACAUUUUUAGUAGUACAAAGUUCAAGUUAUUUUACAACAGGAAUAGAUCACCUAAUCAGUUAAUAUGUUGUUUAGCAACAAAAAAUUGUCCCAAUCUAAAAGAUGCCUCAGCAUUCACUUAACUUACAAAUAUUGUCAAUUUAACCCCAUUUAUGCAUAUUCAGGCAGUAUUAAAAGGAAUGAAAGAACAGUGCAACUUGGAAAAUGAAUUGAUCAUUAAGGUUGAUUAAUAUUCAGUUUGCCAAUAUGAAAGUUGUAUAGAAAGGCAUUAGGCUUAAAACCAGUUCUUGAAUAUCUUGAAUAUCUUGAUAUAUAUGUAAGCAUUCUCACUAUAGGUUUGUGACCUAUUUGAAGUCAGCAGUCUAAAUACAAGCUUCUAGUUUUGCAAGGUAAUUUAUUCCACUCUUGCAUCACAAAUGUAUCCAAUUUACAUAUCAGACAAAUAUAUUGUAUCAAUUCACAUUGCUAUGCAAUGUCCUUUAUAUUCAAGGAAAGUUACAACAGUCACCAUAUCGGUAGUAGGUGUUUAAAACUUUUUGCAUAAAUGUGGUAGAAAAACAGGGGAAAUGAUUAAUUUUGGUGUAUUUUGAUUAAUAAGCACUGAAUGAAUUGCAUUCGUGCAUGGUUGAUGGAUUUAUUGAAAUGAUUGCUUUUAGCUUUAUUCUCAAGAGCUGAAAAAUGAAUACUUUAAAAGAUAAUUGAUGAUGUUAAGUGUAACAACCCCAAACUAUUAUAUGCAGUUUGUGACAAUAUUCGUUGUCACAUGUUGUUCCUCAUUAAAACAUUAAUUGCUAUUUUUUUCUGAUCAAAUACAUUUUAACUUACAAAGUUAA